AUGGCGCGUCUCAACGAGCAGUCCGCGUCCACAGAUAACAGCCUUGAAAUCCUCCGGAGGAAGUUCUUGCGUCAAAACCGCGACAUUGCCAGGAUCAAUUCCGAUCAGUCACAGAAGAUCCGCCGCCUGGAAAAUGACUGCGCCCGUUUGCUGUCCGAAAACCUCGAGCUACGCGCCCAGAUUGUCCGCCUAGAAAAGAAGCUCGAGGAAAAUACCGCACAAAGGAUAGCCGACCACGCCCUCGAGGUCAAGGCGAAGCUCGAGGCCCAGCUGGCCGAGUUCUCUUCCCUGAUCAGCAGCCUUGGUGUCGAGCCGGCGCCCAAGAGACGAGCCCUUGAACGGCAGCCCCAGAGGAGUUUGCUGAGGAGUCCGCCGCAGCGCAGGCGGCGCACUUCGGAGGAGGAGGAGGCCUUGGCUGAGGCGGAGGGACGAUUCCCUCCGAUCUUUGAGAAUAAGCCCUACCCACGGGCUACUAUGAAUAGCGAGGAAAUUCUCGCAUUGUGCGCUGCAGCAGAAGAUGUCGAAGGGUCGCCUGAUAUCGGCCCACCGCCUGUGUCCCGCUUUGCCGAGGAGGAUGAUGCAGCCGAGGACGAUAAUGUUCCCUCGAGCCCGAUGCGCAAACCCCAACCCUGCCCACCGUUAGAGCCGGCACGAAGAGGAAGUUUUGCCGAUGAGAACGAGAACCUCAUCUACGUCGCGACCAGCACCGGAAAGGAGAAAUCGGUCCUCGUGGAGAAGGACAAGGACAAGGCGUCGACACGUGCCAACAAGCGUAGGAGCAUCAGGGACAAUAAUGGGACCGUGAGGAUGCCACUGGCUGUGAAGAGCACCAAUGACGACUUGACCACGCCCCGAAAAGCUGCCGCCAAGGCCUUGGCCGACAGCAAGAAGGAGCCGGUCAAGCGGGCUCGAGCAGGCUUCGCGGUUAAGGCUGAUGAUGCGUCUGCCGAGGUUGAUAUCCCGCCAGCUGUGUCUGAGCCUCCGGCCGUCGCCACAGUUACUGUCGAUACUGAUACGGCCCCGAGUUCGCCGUCGACACCCAAUAAUAACCGUGUUGAUUCGUCGAGGAGGAAUAAGACUGUUAACACCUCGAACGACACCCCUCCCCCAGCUGACAUCUCCUCCACAGGCGAGACCUCCCGCCCGACACGUCGCGCUCGCAUCCCUAUCAGCUAUGCCGAGCCCAACCUGCGCGACAAAAUGCGCCGUCCGACCAAGGAGCUGUUCGAUGCUGUCUCUGGCGAGGGCAAGUUUGUACACCGCGCGAUCCUCACGGGCAAGCUGGACGAGAUCAUGCCUACUUCCUUGACGAAAGCUAAGUCCAGUGACCCAGGCAGCGCGACGAGCAGCAAGGCGGGUGCGAGCCAUGAGAAGAGCGUCAAGACUAGUUCGGGGAGUCGCAGGCAGACGAGUUUGAGUCCGUUAGCGAAGAAGGAGAAGGGGAAGAAGGACCAGGAGGAGAAGGGGGAGGAGGAGGAGGAGGAGGAAAGGAGGAGGAGGAGGAGGAGGAGGAGGAGGGGGCAGGAUCAGAAGAGGAGUAUCGUUGUCGAGGAGGGCGUGUUGCCAAGCACUGUUACAACCGAACGAAAGAAGAGGUCUUCAGCGCGCGAAUCUCUCGCAGUCGCUGCCGAAAAGCCGGAAGCCGAUUCCUCCCUUUCAUCAUCAGCAAACGCAUCUGCGACUGCCACCAAUCGGACUAAGGCCGCUGUCCCCGAUAAGCUUCACCCCGACAACUCCCCAGCCAACGACGUUCCCUCUCAUGACCCCUACGACUUCACCGCCUCCUCUCCAGCCCCCGAACCAGCAGCCCCCAUUCAAGCCCCAGCCCCAGCCCGCUCUCGCGCAGCCCGCAAAUCUUCCAUGGCCGCCGCCGCGGCGUUACGCGAGAUCCUUCAAGAUGACGACGACGAUAGCACCGAGCAAAAGCAGACAGCGGCAAAGAAGGCAGUGGCGAGAAAGAGGCAGAGCAUGCUGGUGCCUAAGAAGACGUCGGGGAGUUUCUUUGGGUUGGUGGAAGAAGAUGAUAAGGGGGAAGAGGGGCCUGAUGAAGCGGAUACUAGCGCUAGUUCGCUUGGGUCGGCUGGGAGUGUGGAGAGUACGGGGAGUGUCGCGGGGAGGGUGGGAAUGAGGAGGAGGAGUAUGAUGCUUUGA